GACGCUAGCAUGGCUCGCUGGCUCCUCGCGGUGCUUUCGGGCGUCCUUUCUGUCGUCGCAGCCACGGCACAGCCGCGCUACGUGCCGUCGUCGACAGAGGUCCAGUCUUUCGUCGACGUCAUUGUGUGCGCCAUGGGUCGUGGCAUGCAGCAGAGGGACCCGUCCUCGGUGUCCUCGGACAGGUGGCGCAGCAGCAGCUCGUCAUCGAGGCAGGGCCCUGGUCAUGCCUUCACUUUUGCAAGCGCAGCAAGUCAGCACGCGAGUGCCAAAGACCCGCAUGCAGGCACGAGCAAGACUGGCUCAGCAUACCUCAACGUGGAGGAUGAGGAUGGCAGCAGCGAUGGAGAGGGCGGGGACGCAAGGAGGGCCGACCACACGCUCCUCAACCACCGCAUCCGCUGCGAAGGCAUCCAGUGCGUUGUUGCGCUCAACACUCUCUGUCAGAAACCGCUGCUUGUCCACUGGAACACCCUGCUGCUGGAUGCGAGUGCCUCGCACGGCAAGUAUCUGGGCUCGGCCAACACGGCUCGCUGCUCCCUCAUGGACCUCGUCGAGCGCGAUGUGGCAGGUCAGGAGGACACAGGAAGUGGUGGAGGAGGAAGCGGUCCAAGCAAUCGAGUUGCAGCGCUCGUCGCCAUCCAGACACUCGUUGGGUCCGGUGCCCAGCUCGGCUUCUUCUCGGGGGCCGCGCAGGAGAUGCCGUCGGGACGACGCUCGGCCUUUACGCCCUUUUCGGCGCGCAUGGCUACGCUCGUCGACAGCUUGAGGGGCCGUAUCUCAAGCUUACUGUCGACCUCUUACAGCGGCAUUGGACCCGUCAGCAGCUUCCAAGGCCAAGACGAUCACAACGCUCUCUUUGCCAUCCAGCUCAUCAAGUGUACAAAGACACUUGUUGGGGCGACAGAGGAUGUCAAGCUCAUUCGCAGCCAUCAAGAUGUCCUUCUCGGGCCCACGCUGGCCCUGUGCUCAGGCAGCGGCUCAAUGGUCGCGGUUGCAGCUCUGAGCCUGCUCUCUGCUUUGGUGUCGUCAUCUGGCAGCCCAAAGAUUGAGCCAAUGCCGGGCACGAGCUCCGACCUGGAGAUCCUCCAGCUCAUCUUCCGGAGACUGGCCAGCGGCGACUGCUCGGCUGAGAUGAAGGUCGAGCUGUUUGGCGCCCUUCAGUCCUUUUCGCAGCGAUACCCUAGUCUAUUUGCCUUAAAGGCUGGACAAGUGCGCGAGCACCUUGCUCUGUUCUUCCGUCUAGACGAGGAAGAAUCGGUCCGGAUGGCCGCGUUGGGCCUCUUGAGGCCAUUGAGCGACCAGGUGGCUCAAGACUCCUUCCUCCAGCCGUUUCUGGAUCGCAUCGCUGAGGACGCAUCGAGAGACCCCAGUGCUACGAUCCGAUGCGCCAUUGCCGACAUGCUCCCUGUCCUGCAGCAGGGAUGCCUUCGGACGGCGAGCUCCGAGCACCGCUGGCUCCUCUUUGCCGACGAACCGAUGCAGGUGGCGACUCGACUGGCCUCGGACGGAGAUGCCACCGUGCGGGCUGCCGUGGCAAGAGCUGUGGGCGUCGCUGCGAUGGACCGUCGACUGUCUUUGGCCGACGUCUCGGCGGUGGAAGAAAAGCAGCUCGCGGCCCUGUGCCUCGCCGUCGACUCGCUCCUGCUAAAGGGCGAUCGGAAUACAGACGGCCGCAGCCGAAAAGGUCUGUCACACGACGGGUCGGAGCUUGUUCGUCAGCGGGCGAGCUGGUCUCUGGCAAAUUUCUGCGAAGUUGUUCCCAUCGAAAAGGUGGCCCACACGACCGCAGGGGCUUCAAGUGAGGCUCUGCGUUGCUGGGUUUCCUUGCUCAAUGCGGUCUUCGAGCUGCGCAACGAGGGCGAGCGCAUCUGCAUCAAUGCGCUGCGGGCAAUUGGCGCCCUCUUUGGCGCCGUCAGGCUCGAGUGGCUUCCAGCGAUGGGCAGGCACACCGAAGAGCUUCGAUGGCUCUGCUGCGACGGCAUCGACAAGUGGAAGAGCCCAAAGACGCGCUGGAACGCAGCAGCGGCCGUGGCAAGGGCACUCUCCAACAGCUGCAUUGUUCAAUUUCUCCUCCUCAAGGACGAGGAGGAAGUCCUUCAGAAGGUGACGAAAAAUGUCUGCAAUGCGGUCACGACGGAGAAGAACUUCAAGACCCGUCUGUCAGCCGCUAGAGCCGCCGAGGCGCUGCUGUCACGGCGGGAGGAUUUACCGCCGCACAUUAGGACUCGAUUGGAAGAGUGCAUUAUCAAAGCUCUCCAUACCGUCGAUGCUGAGCUUCAUGAAGUCUCGUUUCGAGAAGCUCAGCUUCACGCUCACCCGCUCCAGAAGCUACUGCAGGACCUCGUCACGGCUCGGUGACCGAUGAAUGGCCACACGAGCUCGUCAGCAUUACCAUCCUUGUACUCUAUCC